AACAACAACAACAACAACACGUCCAUGCCCUACAAGGUAAACAACAACAACACGUCCGCGCCCUACAAGGUAAACAACAACAACAACACGUCCAUGCCCUACAAGGUAAACAACAACAACAACACGUCCAUGCCCUACACGGUAAACAACAACACGUCCAUGCCCUACAAGGUAAACAACAACAACACGUCCAUGCCCUACAAGGUAAACAACAACAACACGUCCACGCCCUACAAGGUAAACAACAACAACAUGUCCAUGCCCUACAAGGUAAACAACAACAACACGUCCAUGCCCUACAAGGUAAACAACAACAACACGUCCACGCCCUACAAGGUAAACAACAACAACACGUCCACGCCCUACAAGGUAAACAACAACAACACGUCCACGCCCUACAAGGUAAACAACAACAACACGUCCAUGCCCUACAAGGUAAACAACAACAACAACAACAUGUCCACGCCCUACAAGGUAAACAACAACAACACGUCCAUGCCCUACAAGGUAAACAACAACAACACGUCCAUGCCUUACAAGGUAAACAACAACAACAUGUCCAUGCCCUACAAGGUAAACAACAACAACACGUCCACGCCCUACAAGGUAAACAACAACAACACGUCCACGCCCUACAAGGUAAACAACAACAACACGUCCACGCCCUACAAGGUAAACAACAACAACACGUCCACGCCCUACAAGGUAAACAACAACAACACGUCCACGCCCUACAAGGUAAACAACAACAACACGUCCAUGCCCUACAAGGUAAACAACAACAACAACAUGUCCAUGCCCUACAAGGUAAACAACAACAACACGUCCAUGCCCUACAAGGUAAACAACAACAACACGUCCACGCCCUACAAGGUAAACAACAACAACACGUCCACGCCCUACAAGGUAAACAACAACAACACGUCCACGCCCUACAAGGUAAACAACAACAACACGUCCACGCCCUACAAGGUAAACAACAACAACACGUCCACGCCCUACAAGGUAAACAACAACAACACGUCCACGCCCUACAAGGUAAACAACAACAACACGUCCACGCCCUACAAGGUAAACAACAACAACACGUCCACGCCCUACAAGGUAAACAACAACAACACGUCCACGCCCUACAAGGUAAACAACAACAACACGUCCACGCCCUACAAGGUAAACAACAACAACACGUCCACGCCCUACAAGGUAAACAACAACAACACGUCCACGCCCUACAAGGUAAACAACAACAACACGUCCACGCCCUACAAGGUAAACAACAACAACACGUCCACGCCCUACAAGGUAAACAACAACAACACGUCCACGCCCUACAAGGUAAACAACAACAACACGUCCACGCCCUACAAGGUAAACAACAACAACACGUCCAUGCCCUACAAGGUAAACAACAACAACACGUCCAUGCCCUACAAGGUAAACAACAACAACACGUCCAUGCCCUACAAGGUAAACAACAACAACACGUCCAUGCCCUACAAGGUAAACAACAACAACACGUCCAUGCCCUACAAGGUAAACAACAACAACACGUCCAUGCCCUACAAGGUAAACAACAACAACACGUCCAUGCCCUACAAGGUAAACAACAACAACACGUCCAUGCCCUACAAGGUAAACAACAACAACACGUCCAUGCCCUACAACAGGGGUGUCAAACUCAUUCCACGGAGGGCCUAGUGUCUGCAGGUUUUUGUUUUUUCCUUUCAAUAAAGCCCUAGACAACCAGGUGUGGGGAGUU